AUGAUGCAAAACAAAUCGAAACAAAAGGUGCGCAAGAUUGGUGCUGGGAUACAAAUCCCGUUGAUUGUCACGCUUUGGGGAUUGAUCACUUGUUUACAAGGUCUAGUGACCAGCUAUCAGGGACUUCUUGCAACUAGGUUCUUUUUGGGCUUGGUGGAGGGUGCACUAGGUCCGGCCACUGUCCUCUACAUGUCGACGUUUUACACCAGGACCGAGUUGCAAUUUCGGAUCGCCUUGUUCCUGAGUACGAUUUGCAUAGCAGCCGCGGUGUCCGGAUUGCUGACAUAUGAGAUCAUCAAGCUGGAUGGUCGGUGGGGACAUCCCGGCUGGGCUUGGAUCGAGGGGUUUGUCACCUGUAUAUGUGGUCUAACUGGCUUUUUCAUUCUGCCAUCAAGCAUUGAGAAAGCCAAGCUGCUAACAGAUUGCGAGAAAAACUUCCUUAUCUCGAGACUUCAAGUGGCCUGGAAAGCUGCUCCCAGUUUAACUUCCCCAACCACUCCCAUCCAAAAGUAUCCCGGCAAGUCGACAAAGGCCCAAAUCUGUGACGCUUUCAAAAGCCCCCAUGUGAUCCUUAUGAGUAUAGCACAAUUUGCAUCUACAUCUAACAUCUACAGUGUUGCUUACUUUACACCGACCGUGGUCACUACGUUCGGCUACACACCCACGGCCACUCAACUGUUCUCAAGACUAUCAUACUGGUCAGAUCGAUACCAAUCUCGGAGCCUUGCAGCGGGCUUUAGCGCAACACUUGCGAUCAUCGGUUUCGCCAUCUUUUACGGUUCAAACUCCGACAAGCUGCGGUAUGCUUCCCUGUUUCUGUCGAUACCUGGGGUGUAUGGCGUGAUGCCAAGUCUGGCGGCUUGGACGGCGGAUAACAGCGAGCCUCAUGUGCGCAAAGCGGCCGCCCUCGCCUGCGGGGGAAUGGUGGCAAACAUUGGUGGAUUGUUUAGUAUCUGGAUUUUCACUCUAGGCUUACCGCCAAGAUACGCCCUCCCGACUACAAUCAAUAUAUUCCUCGCGGCGUUGAUUGUAGUUUGCUGUAUCGUCAACGUCAUGUGGCUCAGGUAUGCGGAGAGAAACAAAGUGACGAAAAGAGACGAAAUCCUUCACAAGUUUACUCUGGUCGAUUCGGAUGAGAUUUGCGAUCCCGAAAAGGACAAGAUGUCGAAGGACCCAAGUGACCAGGUGCUAAUAUCUGCCCAAGCGUGGGACCAUCUUGGUGAUAAACACCCAGAUUACAAAUACACAUAUUGA